UUAUUCAUGUACUGUUCUUUUAUCAUUUUUUAAAAAUUUUAUCAUAAUGUUUUAUCAUUAAAGCUAUAGAAAUAGUAACCAGUGGAAGCAUGAAUUCAUUUAUUACAAUUGUUUUUUCUUCUUCCGGAAGAGAUUUUCAUAUGGAAUUGAAAUUUAGUCAGCGUUGUCAAAUAUCCUGUAGCAACAUGUGAAAGUACUCGGACUGUGACAAAUGCUAUCGAUUGUAGUUAUAUUAUCAUGACAACUACAAGGAUAGUUCAGGCUCAGCAGUGGUUCCUAGGGGUUCUGGCCAUCACUGUGGUGUUGGUUCUGGUGUACACUACCAGAUUUGAUGCGUCAUUGAAAACAGAACCGAAACCCCCGCCCAUCCUUCCUGAUCCCGACCCCAGAAAGAAGGUCACGGUUACAUUCUGGGGCAGAAAUGGCAACCAUAUGUUUGAGUAUUCUACUCUAAUAGGAGCAGCAAAACGAAACAACAUGAGUCCAAUAGUGGUGGAGUCCACGACAAUCUGGAACAUGUUUAAAUUACCGAUACCUAGGGGAAGCGUGGAGAAUUUAGACACGUUCAGACGAUACAAAGAAAAGCUGCCCUCUGGCUGGUGUAAUAUGACAGAGAAAUUGGACACAUCACAUGGGGCUUACUUAAUGGGGUAUCUGCAGUCCUGGAGGUAUUUUGAAAAUGUCCGUGAAGAACUCUUAAAGAAACACUUUGUUUUUCAUGAUCAUCUAAAAAAGGCUGCCAUGGAUUAUAUCAACAAUGUUAGAAAAGAACGGAAGAAACAAAAAGCAACGUUAGUCGCAGUUCAUGUGAGGAGAGGGGACUUCGUUCGACAGAAAAGGAAAGGAUACACUGUGGCCCCGAUCCCCUAUUUCUACAGAGCCAUGAAUUAUUUCAGGAAGAAGUACAAAAAUGUGUUGUUUAUUUUAUGUAGCAAUGAUGUGAUAUGGUCGAUGGAUAAUUUAGACGAUUCUCCAGAUGUCCAUUACUCGCACAACACUGAUGGGUAUUUAGACUUUGCUAUCAUGGCAUCAUGUGAUCACAUGAUUAUGAGUGCUGGGUCCUACUCGUGGUGGGCAGGGUAUCUGUGUGGAGGAGAUGUUAUUUAUUACCAUGGUUACCCACAGCCAAACACUGUCAUGGGGAACAACACUAUACGAGCGGAUUAUUACCCCCCUUGGUGGAUCCCACUUUGAGCUCUGUGUAACAGAUCAGUGUUGUAGUGUACUAUUUAAUUUAUCAGGCUUUUGUGUUAUAGGCAGAUUCAGGACCUGUACAACAGGCAUGCCCCCCCCCCCCCCCCCCCCCCUCCCUCCCUUCCCUGCUCCUCUUUUGACUGGGAACCAAAUAUUUUUCAUAGCACUUCUCACUGAAUUUUGAUGUUUUGUGGAGGGUCCAGAGUUGAUAAUUUCCUGAAUCUGUUUCAAUGCUUUUUCUCCUGUAUUGCCAGUACCACUUUCUUUGCCUUCAUUCUUUGUCUGUAAACUUUUCUGCCAAAAAUGCUUUUGUUCCUUGAAAAAUUAGAUUAUUUACUGAGAUUUCCUUGUUGAUGAAUGAGAAAUAAUUGUAAAAUAAAUCAACAAAACCACUUGAUCAAGAUAUGGUAGCUGUAAAUGGUCAACAGGGGAGGCAUACUCCUCAUAGGCACUUACUUCCACCUCUGGUGCGUCCAGGGGUCAGUGUUUGCCAAACUCUUAAUUUUAUAUUCUUUGUAGGAUUUAUGUCCAAGAUAAAUCCCCAUUUGUUGUCAUAACAUAUUCUGUUAACUAUAUGUACCAAGGUUAUGUGUUUCUUCAAUUUCAUAUUUUCAUUUUUCUCAAUAGCAACUCCUUAUCUGCCUUACAAUUGUAUAGUUUAUACAGUGUUAAGAAUGUAUUAUAUUGAGAUAAAUAUCACUAGUACAUGUACUAUAAUCGUCUUUGUUCAGAACAAAAUGUUUUCAUCAAUUGAUCAUCAGAUAGUCUGUGUACAUGGACAUUAUUUUAACUGAAGAACUCGAACUGUACAAAUUGAUGUUCUAGUUUGAUUUAAGGGUUUGGGUGUGUGUUUAUAUUUUAGCUGAGCAAGUGUAUGAAUAUGUAUGAUUGUUAUUGGGUGUUUUCAUUGUAUCAUUCUAUGUUUUAUUGUUUUAAUCUAUAUGACCAUUUUGAAUAUUUUUAAUUCUGAAUUCAUUAGAUUGAUUUCCUUUUUCGUCUCCAAUUUUUACUGAUCAAAUCAACACUACAGUCACUGUAGAGUGCAUGCCAGAUUGUCUUCCUUGGACCGCGAGAAUGCAAGGCAGAACAGAAUGCCAAAUAUGGGAAAAUUAAAUGAGUUUGUGCUGUACAUCAAUUAAUAAUGUGCUAUAAAGAUUACUGUGAUAUUUUGUGGAUAUGCAUGAAAUUUGAAUGUGUUACUCAGAACCAGUAGAUCGGUAUUUCCUUAGAACCAGUAGAUCGGUAUUUCCUCAGAACCAGUAGAUCGGUAUUUCCUUAGAACCAGUAAAUCGGUAUUUCCUCAGAACCAGUAUAUCGGUAUUUCCACAGAACCAGUAGAUCGGUAUUUCCUCAGUUUGCACGCGCUCAUCAUCACAAACUACGGAGUAUUGUUUCCAUUCCACAAACACAGAAUGAAAACAAUAACCAGUGAUCUGUGACGAUAGCAUCGACUUGCACAAAAUCAGUAUGUCUGUACUUUUGUACAUGUGUACUUGUUGUGUAAUUGUAGCAGUUACUACUUAUCAUGAUCAUGAAUUAGUCCUGUAAUGUUCUACAAUACUAGAUAGAUAAACAAUUUCUUAUAUCAGUAGAGUAUGAAUCCCGCUAAAACAAGUACAUGUUUAGUACUGUACUACCAGUAAGGACCAACAUCUACAGGCAUUGAUACAUUGAACUAGCACCCUGACAUUGAAUAUCAUAAUGAUGCCUGCGUCGUCUGAGGAUGUAAAUAACGUGGUUUAAAUGCGUAAUGAUAGUGAAAGGUUUGAUUGACAUGUUAUAUUUCUUUGAUAUUGUAUGAGCAAAUACAUUCAUGUAUAUUUAUAUUGAAAAUAAUAAAAAACUGAAGUGAG